CUGGUUGGAUUUUCAUCUAUUCUGUCGUGUUUGGUUUAUUUUCUUUUUAUAAUUUAUUGAAUAGAACGGUAUACGGAAUAAAAUUAACAAAACUUAAAAAAUAAAUUGCAUUUAAUUGGAAUACAAUUUAAACAUAUUUACAAAACGCAUACAAGAAGCGAAUCCUAACAAAAAUAUCACUAAUAUAAAUGGACUCUGUGAAAAACUACAAUGAAGUGAUGUUUGACGAUAUUGAUGGUGCAAAGUAUAUUUUAAAUUAAAUUUUAACAAAACAAUUUGUGUUGGCGUUUCUACCUAACAAAAACGAAAAUAAAGAAAACAACAACGUAAUAAUAGAAGUAAAUAAUAUAACUAGAAUUUGUUCGUUUGUUAUCUUAUGUAGUGAUAAAAGUGGAAUACGAAUAAAAAAACAUGAAAUGAAAAAGAAAAAGUGUAAUAAAUUGGAAAUGAUUUUUAAUAUUUAGUGUUUUAACGUCACAUAAGUACCUACAUACAUACACACAUUAGUACUUCUUCUUCUAAAUAAGAAUUAUAAUUAAAAUUGAUAAAUUACAAAAGAAAAAUUCAAGUCUAUUUUUAUCCUCAAAGAUGAACAAAUUAUGUGUGUGUAAUUAAUAUUUUUUACCGAAAAUAUAAAAGAAUACACUUUUCAAUGUUUGCUGCUGCUGGUGUUUGCUUAUUGGGUGCCUUGACACUUGAUAUCCACCGCAAGUGAAUUAAUUCUGGCGGCGGUUGUGCAGUGUGCAAGCAGUUCAUAGUGAACAUUUUAAUAUUCAACGUCACUGCACCGACAACAAGAAAUUUAUACAAAAAAAAGGAAUACUAAUACAUUAACUAUAAUAACAAGGAAUUUAGCCAGAAAUGAUGAAGUCGUCGGGUUCAUCAAUAUGGCUGCUAAUAUCGAUCGUUGUCAUAAAUUCAUUACAAUGCAUUCAUUGUGGUACAUCUCCCGGUGAAACUUUACCAGAUCGUCUUGAAAUUGAAAUCAACAGCAGUGCUAAUAUAACAUGUCGCAUAAACCCAUCGAAGUUUGGCGGUAACGUCAAUAGCUCUUCUUUGUAUUUUGAACAAGAAGAUACGAAAUAUAUAGUGCCCAAUGAUAAUAUACAUAUUUUAAAUGACACAACAAUUGUCUUUAUGUUACGAAAUGCCACGGAACAAGAUCGCUAUUAUAUAUGCAAAAUUGGCACGAAGGGCAUUGGUAUUACGCAUGUAUCAGUUGGUACUGCACCUCUAGAUAUAACGGAUUUCAAAUGUCGUGGCUACGAUUAUACGUAUAUGGUGUGCAAUUUUACCAAGCCACAUAAUGUAUUACUAACACAUUACAAUUUAAGUUAUACGGCACAAUCACCGUUUCGUACAUUUAUAAGGGACAAGAACGGAAAACGUCUUUACCGUACAAUUUAUUCACAGAAUUACAUACAAACAUGUCACCUGGAAAUGCAACAAAAUCAAGGCAUCUGCAAUUUGACCAUGGAUAAAAAUAACUAUCGGCCAAAUUAUGAAUUUUACAAUUUCACAUUGAAAGGCCAGAAUGAAGUGGGAGUUAAUGUGCAAAGUUUUUGGAUAAAUCAUUAUGAAAGUGUCAUUCCACCGCGGCCUGAAUAUACCAUUGAAAAGAUCACAAACAAUAUGAUAAUCAUAAAAUGGAACAAUCCCAAAUAUAGUUUUUAUACCCCCAAAGGUUUGGAUUAUGAGAUACUUUUUAAGGCCGAAGGUGCCCAUUGGGCGAAUCCUUUAAAUUAUGAAAUUCGCAAUAAUCGAUCAGAGUACAAGGUUAUUGUACGUAAUUUACCAUAUGCCUACUUUUGGUAUGAACUCAGUGUUCGUAUACGUGUUAAGAAAUCUGCCCGUAAUGAUGACAGCUAUUGGAGUGAGCCGUACGUACAAAAAUUCCAAACAUUACCCUGUCCACCCGAUACAGCACCAAUUACAGAUGUGGGCAGCUUUUAUAUAGAUUCCAGUGAAACAAAAGUGCGACUUUAUUGGCAUCAAUUACCGUACUAUAAGUAUAAUGGACCGGACUUUAAAUAUGUCAUUAAGGAAGUUAAACGCGAUGGAGUUAGUGUAUCUUUGAAACCUUUACACAUUGAUCUUACUUCGGCCACAUUUCCCUGGCAUAAACGUCAUAACUAUACUUUUGUUAUAAAAAGUAGUAAUGCCGAGGGAGAAUCGCCCAACAAUAGUACCAUUGUGAUACCGGCCCGGUCAAAGCACCAUGAACGUUCUUUUUCCCCGCAAUGGAUAAGAAAUGUUUAUCACGCUACAAAUCGUACCUCAACGCUCUCUUGGAGUCCUCCACAUAACCAAAAACAUUUGACUGAUUACACUGUCUUCUGGUGUCAAUCGAAACUCGCUAAUACCAAUGAAUGUGAAGGAACAAUUUUCUUUGAACAUGUUAGCAAGGAAUCAACACAGUACUAUACCUCCCCACAAAAGCAAGAAGAAGUUCAAUACAAUUUGGCUGUGUCGGCAAAUUAUCGAGACUUUAAUACAGGCAUGCACUGGACAAUGUGUUCGGCAGAUGUUACUAGUGAACUGGUAAAAUUGGAACCCGAAAUAAUCGAUGUUAAGAGCCGUUCCAUAACAGUACAAUGGAGCACAGAUCGUGUAUGUUCGUCCCUUGUAGAAGGCUUCAAUUUAAUUUAUUGUCGUAUCCAACGUCCAUCUACAAAUCAUAUAUUCAAAAGAGAAGAUAAUUCAAAUCACAACUGUCUUGAAGAACCAACAAAAUUGACAAUUGAAAAUACAGCGAAAAGAUAUACCAUGCAAAACUUGAAGCCCUAUUCAUCCUACAAGAUACAAAUGAACAUGUUUUCCAAACUUACACCGGGUAACUUAAGUGAUGCCCAGAUUAUAUACACUCAUGAAGAUGCCCCUUCAAAACCGCACAAUUUGAGAGCAUACAAUGUAACAAGUAAUUCGGUAGUAUUAACCUGGUCGGAGCCUAAGUAUCGCAAUGGUUUAUUAACAAAAUAUAGAAUAGCUUAUAACAAUGAGUAUCACAACAUUAAUUGUCAAACGAAUGAAGAACAAUGUGCUUCAAAGCAAGUGGAAUACAAAUUAGAAAAUCUGAGCAGUUAUACCACUUAUAAAAUCUAUAUAACAGCAUACACAUCUGCAACUGCAGCCUCAAAUCAUAGUAACGAUAUAACAGUUACUACACUUGUAGGAAUUCCCUCUAACCCACGCAACGUCAAGAGAAAAGAUAAUGAUCGAAACAUAUUGCAAUGGUCUAGACCGGAGGUGCCUUCAGGCCGUGUUGAAUUUUAUGAAGUCGCCAUAACUUAUUGGUAUAAGGAUCAGAUACAAAGACAACAUAUAUCGCUGUUAAUGGAUACGAAUGAGUGUGAAUACCAUUUGCCAGCAUGUAUAGAUGGUGAUUAUCGGUUCACUAAAGAAGUACGUGCUGUGAAUGUGGUACCAUACACUGAAAUUGAUCAUAACAUAUUUGCAACGAAAAAUGCAACAAACGAUGAUGUCAAGGAUUUAUAUACCCAAAACAUGGACAUGAGAUGUGUGGGCAAGGAAUUAAGUGCAGAACAAUUGGCCAAAAUCCAUGAAUAUCAAGAUAAACAUAAAUAUGUCCAGUACAAAUCUGUAUGGGAGAAGGGUCCAGCUACCAACUGUUCCGAUCCCGAAUUAAGUCGUAUUACAAUGUUGGCUUUGUUAAUUGUAGUUUCAUCACUAGGAGUCAUGGCCGCCUUUUAUGUGGCACGUAACAAGUAUCAGAAAAUGGCAAAUAUUUCGUGUGCUUUACCACCGGGUCUGGAAGAAUAUCCGAUUAAAGAUAAUGGUGAUGGUGGAGAUGAUUUUCGGCGUAGUAAAGAUCCAUUUUACAAUAACGAAAGUCGUCGUUUGCUCUCCUCCAUAAGUCACGAUUCCGGUUAUGUCUGCCACAAUGGUGAUCUUAAUAAUGGCGGUCUUAAUGGUAUUGCAGCUUGUUCGUUGGGCAAAAGUAGUGGUUACAUUGGUUCAAAUAAUUCCACGGAUUACUGUACCCAAGAGACAUUUGUGGCCACUGACAAUGUAAGUGACGAUAGCUGUGUCAUUGAUCAGACACCAGUUGUGGAUGACGCAUAUAUGGUUAUGGAAUUACUAAAAUCCAAUGACAAUAAAUUGUCAAGAUCGUCGUCUAGUACAACAUUCGAUAACAUUAUAUCACAGUCGGAGAGAAACGGCAAUGGCUAUGUGCAACCAAACUUUUCAGUUAUAUCAGCUCUUAGCGGCACUAAAAACACUGUUCCAUCCAUGACAGCUACAAAAUUGCCGGCAUCUUUUAUGCCCACUGACAAUGGUUAUAUUAAACAAAUACCAACGUCUAUGCACACACAACUCUUGCCUUCUGAAAAUGGGUACAUAAAGCCAAAUAACCUUCUUAAUUGGCCCAGGGAAAAGAUGCCGACACAACAAACAUCAAUGGCGCAUGCAACUCAACUUCAAAAUACUAUGGCAGGUUUGCCAAUCAAUAGUUCGGGUUAUGUGGCGCCACAGUUACUGCAAAAGCCCUUAAUACCUUCUUCCGAUGGCUAUACUUCACUAGAGGCCUUGGGUAAAACCCUAAAAUCAACACAACCAACCAUGUCACAAACAUUUAUCAAUCCAGAUGAGGGUGGCGGAGGCAACAUUUUGAACUCAAAUAUGCCGCCUAUAUCCGGUUAUGUCACACAAAAGGAAUUAUCGGCUUUUGGCCAACAACAAAAAUUUAAUUGAUUCCUAAUUUAAAUUAUAAUCUAUUUAUUCUGUCUGUACAAAAUGAGAUUCUAUAGUGACUAAAAAAAGAACUAACUAAAUUAAUUAUAAAUAUUAAAGAAAGAAAGUUACUAACUACAACAAAACAAACAAAAAUAUGAAACCAUUGCCCACAUCAAUUGGAAAACCUUGUACAAUCUAAUCAUUAAUAAGACUUUAUUACUACACCUUUACAUAUAAAUAAGUUUUAUUUUUAAAAUAGUAAUUAUUGUUUUUGUUUGCCCUGCAACUACUAAAACAAAUUAAAAUGUUUGUAAUAAUAAUUAAGUUUAUAUGCAUUAAAUGUUGUAUUAUAAAUAUUGUAAUUAGUAUAAUUUAUUUUGUAUUUUAAAUUAUUGUAUAUGUAUAUUACAACAAUUAAAACAACAAACUGCAAAGUGCCUUUUUAUAUACAUAUACGAAUAAAAUAAUUAAUUUAUAAUCUUUUCAUUGACAAUUUUUAUAAUAUUUUAAAACACACUGACCCGCCAUUGUUUCAAUUUUAAACUGGACUCUCUUCCGGCUGCUAUUCAUAUUCAUAGUCGUAUCAUCUGUUUCGCCCCAACACAUGUCUUCUAUUUUAAUUAUUAUUAUUAUUUUUGAUUUAACUAUAAGUUUGUUAAUAUUGUUGUGCUUUCAUCACAGUAACUAUUUUUUUUAUAUUAUUACUAUUAUUAUUUAAUUUUUAGUUUAUAAAAUCAUUAAGAAAUCAAAUAGAAUACGACAAGUGCAUAUAGUUAUGUACAUGUGUACAUAUUUGUAUGUAUGUAUAUCGUACAAUAGUAUUCUGUAAAUUGAACAACCUAUGUUAGGUAUUUUUGUAAUUAUUUUCAUUUUAUUAAGUAUUAAGUUGACAUUAUUUGUAUUGUAUUGUUAAUUUUAAAUUUUAGCUUUAAAACACGCAAACAAAUACAUACACACACAUGUGAAUAUUUCGUGGCCUUAAUAUGAAAAGAUGUGUCUUUUCUUUUGUGUAGCUAGCUUUUCUUUUUUAAGAAAAAAGAACUAAGUUUACAGUAUUUUGUAAUAAUGUUUGAGUGAAUAAUAUUUUUAGCUUUUCAUUAUCUAUAGAGUAAAACGUACUUAAAAAAUUAUUAACUCUUGUAUAUUACGAGUGUAUUU